UUUAAGGGAGUAAGGAUGUAGGUGGGUCCUUAGUUAAGUGAGAAAUUGAUGUAAUAUUAAUAAAAAUUUCUAUUUUUAGAAACGUUUCGACUAUUCCGGGACGGCCAGGAAAGCGUUUCGACUAUUUCGGGACGGGGGGAGUAAUACGAAAUAAAUUUUUAUAUUUUGGAGGACCAACGUUCGAAACUAUAUCCUCUCCUUACUUGAGUGACCAAACGGCUUGCUCCAGAAUCCCAAAUGGAGCUCUUACAGUGUUCAUCCACUUCCACUCAUCUUCAUCCUAUCCCUUCUACCAAUCGAAAUUCCUCUUCUCUCAAUCAAAAUUCCUCCAAAUUUGCAUUGGGGUUUCCCAGAAAUUCCUCUUCACUUCAAUUCAGAAGAAAAUGCAGAUUGCCCGCUAUUACUCUAACCAGCUCUCGUGCCCAUUUAUCCAUCCGGGCUUGUGCGCUAGCUGGAGCUUCUGGCUCUGAUCCAGCCGUAAACAAAGUUUCAGAGUUCAGAGAUGCAUUUUGGAGAUUCCUAAGGCCACAUACUAUUCGUGGGACAGCUCUAGGUUCCUUUGCUUUGGUGUCGAGAGCACUGAUUGAAAGUCCAAGUUUGAUAAGUUGGUCGUUAGUGUUGAAGGCGGUUUCUGGUCUUGUUGCUUUGAUAUGCGGGAAUGGCUACAUUGUGGGCAUCAAUCAGAUCUACGAUAUUGGUAUUGAUAAGGUGAACAAACCUUAUUUACCUAUAGCAGCAGGGGAUCUUUCAGUUGGAUCUGCAUGGGUGCUAGUGCUAAUUUUUGCUGUAACCGGACUUUCCAUUGUUGCAUCGAACUUUGGUCCUUUCAUAACAUCCUUAUACUGCCUGGGAUUGUUUCUUGGAACCAUCUAUUCAGUUCCUCCAUUCAGAAUGAAGCGAUUUCCUGUUGUAGCCUUUCUCAUAAUUGCAACGGUUCGUGGGUUUCUUCUAAAUUUUGGAGUAUACUAUGCCACAAGAGCAGCUUUAGGACUCCCAUUUGUGUGGAGUUAUCCCGUGGUUUUCAUCACAACAUUCGUGACGUUGUUUGCAUUGGUGAUUGCCAUAACAAAAGAUCUUCCAGAUGUGGAAGGUGAUCGUAAGUUUCAGAUAUCAACCCUAGCAACAAAGCUUGGGGUGAAAAAUAUUGCACUGCUUGGUUCUGGACUUUUGCUGGUUAACUAUAUUGGCUCUAUAGUUGCUGCUAUUUUCUUGCCUGAGGCCUUCAGGCGGAGCUUGAUGAUACCUACACACACCAUAUUGGCAAUAUGUCUGGUUUUCCAGACAUGGUUGCUAGACCAAGCUAAAUAUUCCCAGGAAGCAAUCACAAAUUUCUACAGAUUUAUUUGGAACCUGUUUUACGCAGAGUAUGUCAUAUUUCCUUUGAUAUGAAAAAUUGAUAUAGGAACAUGGGGAAUAAGUGUGAUGUUCCUAAUUCUGUUUAUAUUUCUAAUAGCCGCAUAACAUGUACCCUUUUCUUCGAACCAUGUAAUGUACAAAAAUGCAUGAUAUUCUAGGUUUCAGUAAUGGUUUCUGCCUUCA